UACUUGUCCACCCACCCUCCCUCUCUCUCUCCCACGACCUCCAUCUCCAGAUCGACACCUCCCCCGCGCCGCCCCGCUGCAAACCUCCCCCGCGCCGCCCCGCCGCCACCUCUCUCGCGCCGCCCCACCAGCCUCCUCCUGCGCCGCCCUGAUGGGGUGGGUUGGAGCCCCCGACCCUGCGCCCUCCUCCUUCUUCCUCACAGGAUCCCCGCCCUACUACCUUCCCAUCGACGCCACCUUCAUCUCGCCGGCCGCGCGGCGUCCUACCCGGCACCGUCCCGCACCUGUCGCACAGCGUCCUCCCCGGCACCGUCCCGCACCCGCCGCGCGUCCCCUCCAUCUGGCCAGGUCCACCCAUUCCCAGGACACCCGUCGAGGGCAUGCCGUGCAGAUGCAGAGAGGAUGUAGGAGGCCACCGGUAGAGAAGAGUUGCUGGCCUUCUCCAAGGACGUGCUGCAGCACCGUGAGCCAGCGGCGCCGUGGACGACGCUCCCACCGUCCAGCGCCCUGGUGCCUAACGCCGUGGGACGCGACCACGGCCCUGCUCGCCCUCCGCCUUGCUAGCGCUGCUGGCCCCUGUUCGUGCAUCUCACGAGGAGAAACCAGAGAUCGCUAUGGCUACCCGUGGGCUGACUCCACCAUCGUCAUCCAGGUCCGUGACAUUGACGACCGACCCCUCCCCUUCCUCGUCUACCCAUGCGGUUGCUCCGCCGCCGCCGGAGACGGUGGUUUUGCUUCUGCGGCUGAAGCGGCGCGACGAAGGUGUCCUCGAAGCGGCGCGUUUAGCUAUGGUUCGUGCCGCCGGAUGCUAUUCGACAGUGUAUACCCAGGGUUGCCUUCUAUCCAUGUUCAUUUUGUUCUUCAUUCCUUCAUUGGGGUUCAUAUCAGAUCAGACUCGCACGCCAUGAAAGAUUGUGCCUCCCUUCUCUCGAUUCAUGCACUGCUUCGCAGUACAAGUAGGUUGGGUUGAGGCACGCAUCUUUUCUGAGAUAAUGGAGGGCAUGUACCUAAACUUCUAAUGAUACAUGCAUUCUGCAAUUUCAUGUGCUCACAACAAAACUAUGAGAGAUACGCAUUUCACUGUAAGCUUUGUAGUUCGGAAAAACCCGCAUCUAUUGUUUAGUUCAGAACUAUCAUAUUUAUGUGUGUUUAGAAAGUUCCAUGCUAUUAAUUGUUUUGCAUCCGCAGAAUUUUAAGGUAAAUGUUCCAAUAAAAUCACUAGGCAAGUCCUUACAGAAAUACUACAUCUUAUUUUUUUGUUUUUUUUAUGUGCACCUUUUACUUUUCACGCUUUUGUAUACCGUGAAGUUUUAUCUGUAUUUUCACAAGAUUUAAAUCUUCCUUAGCAGAAAGGCAUAGACAGCAUCGAAAGAGGUUCAUUGCCUUUAAGCAGUGCACACAUGUGACAAGCUUCUAGCAUUUGCAUUUUUACGUACAUCCCAAGAUUGUUUUCGCUACAGGAUGCCGCUCUAUUUUUCUCCAUGUCUAAGUUUGGUAAAACUUGAUUCACCUUUUACAUCCAAAGCUGGUAUUCUUUCAGGAUGCAAAAUCCACCCUAUAGUGAUCAUGCAUUUUCUUUUAUGCGCAGUCACACUUCUAUUAGUUUCAAUUUUAGGCAAUGAUGUAUCAAGCAGAAGUUUCAUCAGUAUUUGGUAACAUAGGAUUUUCUUUUUUAUAGAUAGACAAGAUGUGCAAGAGAAAAGGCUAAGCACUUAGUUCAAUGCAAAUAGAACUUGUUGAUGGGGUAGGUAUACGAAGAAAAGGGGGAGGGGUGUAUCCUACUGAAAUAUUUCUGUUUUUGAUCCUCGACCAGAAAUUUUGGGCUUUCUUUUUGUGCUUGCACCUUUUCUUUUGGUAAAAGAUGGUUGAAGGUGACAUUCUCUUAUGAAAGAUCGUGCUGGGUGGAUAGCAUAUAUACAGGAUAAGCAUGUGUAGAUAACAAUUGUGGACUACUAAUGCCAUUCUCUGUUUCCAGAAAUGAUUACUAAUAUUUCAGUAGAUCUGUAGAUGGCAAUGUUUCAUUUCGGUUUCUGUUUGAUUUAUGCAAUGUAUCAUCUUGUCCCGCUUUUUAAAACAUAAUUUGACAUUUACAUGAUGAGGGGGUUAAUAUUUACAAAGUCUAUUACUAACAGAAGAUCCUUUUCCUAAUAGAAGAGACCAUGUUACUCUAUAUCCUGCUGUUUUGCUUCAUGUCCUUGCAAAUUCUACACCAUGUUCUAAUGUUGGUAAUGUUGUUUUUCUUUUACAGAUUUUAUAGGUGUAGAAAGAGUUUGUGCGAGAGUGUAAGAGCGCCAGUGGUACAAGUUGGACGCAUGGAAGAUUUUGUUAACCUGAAUAGAUAUAUAUUCCAUGGAAUGUCAUUCCAUUUUUUUAUAUGAUGAUACGCCAUUCUUCUACUACUGCAAUGCAUCUCUUAUAAGUGACACUGAUUAAACUGUUAUGAGCAUCCUUUAGUUUGUUGUAGUUUUCCUUGUGAAAUGCUUUCCCUAUAAAGAAUUUGAAUGACCAGUGGAGUACUUUCUUGAGAGAAUUUCAUUACAUAGAACAUCCAUAUCAAGAGAUCUAUUGUUGUCGGAUUGACCGUUGGAUA